AAAUUAUUGCACUUCGAGUGCGUCCGGGCCCAAUUGCACCAACCCACAAACUUUUCUGCACGUUCGCACAACCGAACCACCCCACUAUUCCCUUCGCCUUAACAAAUCAUCACUCUUCCUCAGUCUUCUUCCCUAGUAAUUCUUAAUUGCUGCAUAUAAAUAUCGAUACAUACGCGUGCUGGUUUUGCCCAUAGAACUGAUUAAGCCUGCGCCUUAGCCAGCUGUUGCAUUUGGCUUGCCCAGAGAGAUCGAACUGCAUAAAUUUAGUUAACAGAUCGAGAAUAUUUGAGGUACCUACCAUGGCCUCCAAAGUAGCAGCUCAGCUGGUGGCGGCGGCGAUCAUCGUGUUGGUGGUUGCAGAGGGGGUUGUCAAGGAAGUGGGGGCGGCGGGGGAGUGCGGGGGCACGCCCAUUAACAACGCCGCGGCCAGCUUGAGCCCCUGCUUGGGGGCCGCCCAGAAUCCCAGAGCUACAGUUCGAGCGUCGUGCUGCAGCAAGGUGAGUGCCUUGAUCAGGACUAACCCCAGAUGCCUGUGCGCUGUUCUGCUUUCGCCUUUGGCCAAGCAGGCUGGGAUAAAUCUUGGCAUUGCCAUUACCAUUCCCAAGCGCUGCAACAUCAGAAACAGACCCGCCGGCAAGAAAUGUGGAAAGUACACCGUCCCAUGAGGGCGAGGAGCAAAGCGGAGACUGCAAUGCAGCCAAGAUGGAGAGGGGAGCUUUUUGAUCAGGAGGUCGUAUAUAUAUAUAUAUAUAUAUAUGAGGGAUGCUAAAUAAUAAGUUAGAGUUUCCCUAGUAUGAUGUAUUAUUGCUCGGUGGAGUAUCACCCUAUCAGGCAGUGUUUAUGCAAUGCGUGUGUUAAAAUUAUGUAAUAAGUUAUGAUCAUUUAAUGAAGGCUGUUCCCAUGGUUAUCGCCUA